UGGUAUGGCAGCCAGCGGUGCAAUCCAAUGGCAGCUGCGGUGGAGCAUGGGCUGUACCCGUUACUAGGUGGGGUUUAUCAUGAGUAUAAAUAUACUCUCUCUGCUGCUACAACGCCCCUGGAAACUCAGUCAGACAAACUUCUUCUCCUCUAAGGCUACGCGACAGACUCCAGCAGUCCACACCAUGUCUUUCAUCCAAGCCUUCUUGCAGCAGACGGUCUAUAUGGGCAUGCCCGAUGACUCAAUCCUAAAGAACGAGGGAACAGUGACCGCAGCGGCCAAUUUCAGUUCCAGUGGAGAUGCGGCAGUCUUGGAUAAAGCCAUCAAGGCGAAAGGUGUGGAUGAGAACACCAUCAUUGAAAUUCUGGUGAAAAGGAGCAAUGAGCAGAGACAGCAGAUCAAACAGGCUUAUCAGCAGGCCAGUGGCAAGCCUCUGGAGUCAGCCCUGAAGAGUGCACUGAAGGGAGAUCUGGAAGAUGUGGUGCUGGCUCUGCUGAAAACACCGGCCCAGUACGAUGCCCAGCAGCUGAAACUGGCUAUGAAGGGUCUGGGCACAGACGAGGACACCCUAAUAGAGAUUUUGGCCUCCCGGACCAACAGAGAGAUCCUGGAUAUAAAGAGAGUCUACAAGGAGGAAUACAAGAAGGACCUGGAGGACGACAUCAGGUCUGACACUAGUGGAGACUUCAAGGCUGCCCUCCUUGCCCUCUGCAAGGCCGGCAGGACUGAAGGGGUUUCUGAGCAGCUGAUCGACAGCGAUGCCAGGACUCUGUACGAGGCUGGCGAGGGGAGGAAGGGCAAAGACUGCUCCGCCUUUAUUGAAAUCCUCACCACCAGAAGCAGCCCCCAUCUCCGCAAGGUAUUUGACAGGUACUCAAAGUACAGCAAAGUGGACAUGGCCAAAGCCAUCGACCUGGAGAUGAAAGGAGAUAUUGAAAGUUGUCUCACUGCAUUAGUGAAGUGUGCUGGAAGUAGGCCUGCAUUCUUUGCUGAGAAGCUCUACUUGGCCAUGAAGGGUAAAGGUACCCGUAAACACAUCCUGACCCGGAUCAUGGUGAGCCGCUCUGAAAUUGACAUGAAACGGAUCAAGGAUGAGUACAAGAAAAACUACGGCAAAACACUCUACCAGGAUAUUCUGGAUGACACAAAAGGAGACUACGAGAAGAUUCUGCUCGCUCUGUGUGGGGGUGAAAACUAAUAGCCAAACAGCAGUAUCAAAGCUCAUGUGACCAUAAAUCCACAACCAUGGACAGUUGUGGAAAAUGACCUAUAAUCUCUUGACACAUAUUGUGCCUUAUGCUCUUAUGGAGACCUGACAAGACUGUCUUUUCUUUUUGUGACUGUCAUGACAUUUAGAAGGUAUUGAUAGCAAUGAGCAAAGUAUCGACACUGCUUCAGCAGAUAUUUUCUCUCCAAGUUAUUCCUUUUCUUCCAACACACAUUUUCCCAAUGGACACAUGAUCUGCGACAGAUUUAGCCUUAUACUUAUUAGAUUCUCAUAUCUGGUGCUUGAAGUCAGUAAUCACUUUGCAGCUGCAAAUAGAUGUACACUAUACAGUCUAUGAUGCACAGAUUUCCAUGUGUGUCAUAUUCAGUAGUGGAAGUAACCUUGAAGAAGCUUGGAUAUCCUGCAAAUAAAACAUUUUUGUACGAA